UCCGCUCCUGCUGCCGCUGCUGCGCGUCCCUUGUCGCCUGCACAGUACAAGAGGGAUGUAGAGACUAAACCCCGAACCCUGCAGCUGGGGUUCCCUGCACACCACCGAGGCGACAGUGCGCAGGAGAGAGAUAGAGAGCGAGAGAGACACGGAGGGAAGUAUGGAAGGAGGGAGGGAGGGAAGAGGAGAAGGUGAGAAACAGAGACGGGGAAGAGUCAGAAGCGCCAUCUCUCUGCUGUGGCUGAGCGUUUACGCGCGAUCCGAGAGCACAUCUCCAGCCUCUCCGGGACUAAAUCCACCAUGAUAACUUCCAAACUCCUAAUUCUCACAUAAUCUGGCUUUCUUUAUGGGCUGCAAUAAGAGAGGGAAGGUGCAACUUUUACCAACGGAAAUCAUCCAUGUGAAGUUCCUUUGGUGCCAAUUACAAAGAGUCAGUGUCCAAGCCCCCCAGUCAAGUCCCCGGUGAACCUCUCGACCAGCUCUCUGGGUCCAAAUCGGCAGGAAUAAUCCCACUUCCCCUCUCCGAUAAAGGAGAAACAGGAAGUUGUGCAGCAAAAUGCAGAAUUUGAGUCAUUUUCAACCCGUGUGCUCUUUUCAGGGUCCAAUUGCUGCUGCUUUCUUGUGAAACGCAGAGUCCGGACUGUUCAGAUAAAAGCCCAAGGGUUUUGACAUUUCAGUUCUUUUUAAUUUUUGCUCCUGUUCUUGCUUCAGUGCAUUUUGGAGGGGAGCCCAGACGAUGGGUUGGUGUUGUUCAGGCAUAUGCAGAGCCCUGGCUCUCCUGGUGCUCCUGUUUGUCUUGCGGGGCAGAGGCUGCUGCUGUUGGGGGCUGAGUCCCAGCUCUGGGGACGGGGAGAAGUCCCUGCGCUCUGAUCCGGACUCCUGGGAGGCCCUGCACAGGAACAAACGCAGCUGGGUAUGGAACCAGUUCUUCGUUUUGGAGGAGUACACAGGAAACGAACCUCUUUACGUCGGCAAGCUGCACUCUGAUGUGGAUAAAGGAGACGGCAAGGUGAAGUAUGUGUUGUCUGGUGAGGGGGCCACCUCUAUCUUCACUAUCGACGAGAACACUGGAGACAUCCAUGCCACAAAACGCCUCGAUCGGGAGGCCCAGGCUUACUACACCCUCCAAGCUCAAGCCAUUGACCGGAUAACCAACUUGCCUGUUGAGCCAAGGUCUGAGUUUGUGGUCAAGGUGCAGGACAUCAAUGACAAUGAACCAAAGUUCCUGGACGGGCCGUACCUGGCAGGGGUGCCAGAGAUGUCACCUUUAGGAACCAUGGUGGUGCAAGUGGCAGCCACAGAUGCAGAUGACCCGACUUACGGGAACAGUGCCCGGGUGGUCUACAGCAUCAUCCACGGGCAGCCGUACUUCUCGGUGGAGCCCAAGACAGGUGUCAUAAGAACAGCUUUGCCCAACAUGGACCGGGAGACGAAAGACCAGUAUGUGCUGGUCAUUCAGGCCAAAGACAUGGUGGGCCAAAUGGGCGGCCUCUCCGGCACCACCUCUGUCACGGUCACUCUCACUGAUGUCAACGACAACCCACCUCGGUUCGCUCACAAAAGCUAUCAGUACACAGUGCUGGAGUCGCUACCAGUGCAAUCUGUGGUGGCCAGAAUCAAAGCGGCAGAUGCUGAUAUCGGCUCCAACGCGGAAAUGGACUACAGGAUCAUGGACGGUGACGGGCCCGGCAUGUUCAAUAUAACAACAGACGAGGACACACAAGAGGGGGUUAUUAUCCUGCAAAAGCCCCUAGAUUUUGAGACAAGAAGUGGCUUCGCUCUAAGAAUCGAGGCCACAAACAGGAACAUUGACUCCAAUUUCUUGAGCCUCGGCCCAUUUAGUGACAUAACGUCAAUGAAGGUUUCCGUGGCAGAUGUGAACGAGCCGCCCGUCUUUUCUACACCGCUUUCCAAACUGAAUGUUUCCGAGGACGCCAAAGUGGGCACCUCAAUCGGUAGAGUCUCUGCCCACGAUCCAGAUAACUCCAACAGUGGCAUCAGGUACUCCAUUGACAGAAACACAGACUUGGAGCGUUUUUUCAACGUUGACGCUUUGAGUGGCAUCAUCAGCACAGCCAAGUCUCUGGACCGAGAAGCCAACUCCAUCCACAAUCUCACCAUUUUAGCCAUCGAGAGCUUGGAUCCAAACCAGAUUGGGAAAGGCAUAACUCUGAUCACGGUGUUGGACGUAAAUGAUAACGCCCCAGUCUUUGCAAUAGACUACGAAACACUCCUGUGUGAAAACUCAAUGCCAGGGCAGGUGAUUCAGACCAUCAGUGCGGUGGACAAGGACGAACCUCUGGACGGACAUCGCUUUAAUUUUGCCCUGGAUGGAACCGUCGCUGGAAACCUGAAUUUCACCCUGCGAGAUAACAAAGACAACACUGCCUCCAUACUGACGAAACGAGGUGGCUUCAGGAGACGGGAGCAGGCUGUGUAUCGACUGCCCGUGUUGAUUACAGACAACGGAAAACCCACCCUCAGCAGCACAAACACGCUUUCGGUGCGCGUAUGUGACUGUGACUCGGAUGGCGUGGCCCUGUCUUGUGGAGCCGUGGCCUACACGGCAACUGGCCUUAGCACCGGCGCCCUUCUGGCUAUUCUGGGCUGCAUCAUUACACUUCUGGUGAUGGUUCUGUUGAUUGUGACAAUGCGCCGGAGAAGGAAGCAGCCCUUGAUUCUGGAGGAGGAGAGGGACAUCAGGGAGAACAUCGUCCGCUAUGACGACGAAGGAGGGGGAGAGGAAGACACGGAGGCCUUCGACAUGGUCACCCUGCGCAACCUCAACAUCAUCAGAGACCCGGCCGCACGGCGAGACGUCACGCCGGACACUCCCACCUUUUACCAAUACACCUCUGCUUCCCGCCCGUCCUACAAGUCGCUGCCCGACAACGUGGUGUUUCGAGAGUUCAUCUGGGAGCGGCUGAAGGACGCCGACGUGGACCCCACGGCUCCCCCGUACGACUCCCUGCAGACGUACGCCUUCGAGGGCAGCGGGUCUGUAGCUGAGUCACUGAGCUCGCUGGAGUCACUAAGUACAGACUCGGACCAGAACUACGACUACCUCAGCAACUGGGGGCCGCGCUUUAAAAAGCUGGCCGAUCUGUACGGCAACAGUGACAGCAUGUUCUCGUAGCCCCCAAAUGUCUCCCUUAGCAGUUCUGGAACUUUAAAACAUGUGAGUAAUAUAUUGUCAGAGCAAGUGGUUUUGUCCGCCUUGGUGCAGCUGAGGAAAAGAUUCAAAGACAACAUAAGUGAUUGAAGGAAAAACACUUUGACUUCAAAGGUUUUUUUGGUUUGUUUACCUCCUAGUAUGGGCUUUCAAAAGCGUGCCAUGGUGAGUUUUGACACUGACUUCAAAAGUGGCUUGACUGAGGAGGAAGCCUUGUGUGCAAAAGACAUUAAAGGUUUCACAUUUUGGGCCUGAGUCCAACCGCUGACUGCAAAAUGCAUUACAUUGGAAGCUUUUUUUUUUUUUACAGGGAGAAACCUGUCCUUUCAUUCCAGUGAUGGGCACAGUACCAACACUCCGGCUUUGAUGCAUUCCUUUGCUAUCUCUGUGCUAAAAAACAAAAAGUUUCUCAUGAAAGGCUGUCCCCCUGGCAGCUAAUCAGUAGUCUCUGGACUGCUCAGAUGAAAUAUGAGAACAAUUUAUGUUUCUUAUUACUGUUUUUUUGUAGGAGACGGUUGAAAAUGGGCUGUAUUUUAUAAACCUUUACACCCAGAGCCACAUUAGUCAUGGACUCAGUCAUAAUUCUUAAAGUUACUAGCCAGACUUUUCUGUAAAAUCUGAUCAAAUUCUCUUUAGAUAUUGAAACCUACAAUAUUUUCUUUCAGGUUUUCCUUUUUGUUUUGGUAUUUUGUCUUAAAUUCAUCCAUCCAUUGUCUACACGCACUUAUCCCGGCAGGGUUGGUGGGCUGGUGCCAUUUUAUGUCAAAUCCUAGUUAUAAAUCCUAGAAACACACACUUCUGCUGAUGUCACAAGGGGCAGAGUUGAACUAGCUGUAGAGAUUCAUGUCUGACCGACUGCAACCAAUUCCCAUUUCCUUUUAGGAAUUUCUGCAAGCAGCUAACAAAAUGUAAUAGAUAUAUAAUAUAUCACAAUAGAUAUUUUUGUACCUGAAAAUUUGAGUAAAAUAGGCAAAGGAGGUGAAUGACCUGUACCUGCUGUUGUAGUUAGCACAAAAAGUAAGGACAUAUUAGUUUGGCUCACUCUAUAUUUGCAGAAAUAGUGAAUUUUGGAAAUGAAACAUAUAUUUGGAAAGCCUGCUUGUUUCUCCUUAAAUUGUGGCACAUUUGUGAGGAAAAUGGAUUUGUAGGUAAAGCAGCAGAGUUGAGUAUUUGGGCAGCACACUUUUUUUUGUUGAAUGGCAUAUUUUUCAACCAGCAUUGAAUCCAUCAGUUUGGUUCUGUUGGUCACCCUGGCAUGUACGACACACCUAAAGUUAUCCCACAAGUGUUCAAAGGGGUUGUGGCAAAGACUGUAGGCAGAGUUUGGCUCCUUAAAUCAGUCAUACUGCAUAAAUUCGGAGUAAUAUUCCAAAAAACACCAAAGUUGUUGAAGAUGACCAGAGUUUCACCCUUGAGGAAUUGCUGAUCAGUUCAUGCAAAGUUCUUGAACAAACAAACUGCUUAUUGUUUUACUUUAAAUUGGAACGGAAAGAAGAAAAUGUUUCCUGCUGGUAGCUGCACAGCUGCUGCAUCACCCACCACUACCACCAACUAUUGUUGCCAGGCAUAUCCACUUUUGAUGAGCCAAAUCCUACCUGUUAGUUCUACUACACUUGCUCCUGCCAAACAUCCUAUGCCGCCAUCGUCUUUCCAGUUGCUCUGCAGCCAGAUGGAGUGAAGGUGUAUGGGGGAAGUGCAUUUGUCCAUUGAGUCAUUGGAUUGGUAUGUACCAGUAAACAAGCAUUCACUGCCACUCCCACUACAUUGUGGCCUAACAAGUAUGAAAUAGAAUUGAAAAGUGAUGAACAUGAAUGGAUGCCAGUCAGACAGACACAAAAAAGUACUCAAAAUCUCUGAAGUCCCUUUAAUUUUGUCACGUUAAAUUACAAAGAGUGUUUUUGAAUACUGGUUUUAAUUUUAUAUGGGCAGUAGGGAAUGGGAGGUUGAUCAGAGUUGAUGGGGAGUUGGGUGGAGGUAAAUACAGGACAAUCAUAGAGGAAAAGCUGUUGGAAUCAACAACAGACUUGAGAUUUAGGUUCACCUUCCAGCUGAAUGGUAGCCUUCAACAGAUAACCAGAGCUACAAUUGAAUAUUUUAGAUCAAAGCAUGUCUUUGCGUUAAAAUGACCCAGUCAAUGUUCAAACCAAGAUGCACUAUGUUCCUUCUGACUGAGCUUGAGUUAUUUUGCAAAGAAAAGCAUACAAAAAUCUGAGUCUCAAGAUGCUGGUAGAGACAUUUCCAAAAGGACUUCUAUGCUGUAAUUCAGGGGUGUCAAACUCCAGUCCUCGAGGGCCACUGUCCUGCAACUUUUAGAUGUGCCUCUG